UUCAAUUCAGUGUCAUGGCAGCAGAACCAAAUAAUUCAGAAGCUGAAAGCACUACCACGAGCAACUCAUCAUCUCUCUGUUCAGUAGCCUCUUCACCAUGUUUAUCUGGGUUGUUGCAGACUGCUACUCAUCCCAAGUCACCUUCCAACACUACCAAGAAUCCCAAAACAAGUCAGAAAGGUGACUCAAGCUCACUUCAGCAGAAGACCUCGCUUAAAAGAGCAAGAGAGCCUACAGAUAAUAACAACAACAGCAAACACCCGGUUUACAGAGGAGUUCGAAUGCGCAACUGGGGCAAAUGGGUGUCGGAAAUUCGCGAGCCCCGCAAGAAGUCACGUAUCUGGCUAGGCACAUUUUCCACACCGGAAAUGGCAGCCCGUGCCCACGACGUGGCCGCGCUGAGUAUUAAGGGCAACUCGGCCAUUCUGAACUUUCCAGAACUGGCCGAGUUGCUGCCUCGUCCGGAGUCACUCCAACCUCCGGACAUUCAAGCUGCCGCGGCUAAAGCAGCAGCCAUGGUUCAUCUGGAUUCCACCACCACAACAUCGUCGUCGUCCACAUCCUCAUCCUCUUCCUCAUCAGAGGGUUUGGAAUCGGGAGAGGAUGAGCUAGGCGAGAUUGUGGAGCUACCCAACAUAGAAGACAGCUUCAACUCAGGCGAGUCAAGAAGCGAGUUCAUAUUGGUGAACGACACGGUGGACAUAGGUUGGCUGUAUGAUCAUCCGCCAUUGAUGGGGCUCGAUCACUUCGAAGAAGAUCUAGUGUCUUGGGAUAUUCAAAUGAUUACUUGAAAUCUUCAUCAAUCAGUGUGUGUCGAUCUGUGUCUGUGUCAUUUUUUUUCUUCUUCUUCUGUUUUACAGUUUUGCAAGUUUCUUGGUUUGUCUUGCUCCUUUUGCUAACUG